AUGUCAGAAACAAGCGCAACGUUUGUAAUCGUCGGUGGAGGCAUUGCAGGCGUCACCUGUGCGGAAACACUAGCAUUCUACACGCCUACAGAGUCGAUAAUCCUGUUAAGCGAGUCGGCUUUAGUUAAAACUGUUGUAAAUCUACGCGCAAUCACACAAACCCUCUCAGAUUUCAACAUUGAAGAGAGUCACAUGUCGAAUCUAAUGCAAAAAUACCCAAAUAUCACCGUAAUCAUUGAUAAACUAGACGAAAUCAACUCUGAUGAACAAAAAAUCACAACUGUCAAUAAAACAAUCAUAAAUUACAAGUUUUUAUGCCUUUGUAUGGGUGCACAACCAAGAUUAAUCCCUGAAGCAGAGAAUAAUCCAUUUGUAAUCGGCAUUCGUGACACUGAUUCAGUUGAAUCUUUCAUACAAAAACUAAAAACAAGCAAAGAAGUUGCCAUUGUCGGUAAUGGCGGGAUCGCUUCCGAGUUGGUGUACAAGAUUGAAGAUACCAAAGUGCAUUGGAUCAUUAAAGAUAAACAUAUAACAGCGACUUUUAUCGAUCCAGGCGCUGCAGAGUUCUUAAAAGAUAGAUUAAACAAUAAACAAAAGGAGCAAUCGGUUGAAAACGCACAGUUUUCACAGCGCAUGCGUUAUGAAACCGAUCAAAACAUCAAAAAAGCUGGCGCAGCGCUAGGACCUGACUGGUAUAAACAUUUAGACAUUAAAGGAGCGCUAAAUGUGCCGGAAACUGUACAGAUUCAUUACGAAACAUGCAUACAAAGCAUAAAAACCACCCAAAAUGGUCUAAUUGUUAAAUUGACAGAUGACAGCGAAAUAUCAUGUGACUUAUUGGUAUCUGCAACCGGAGUUACACCAAAUUCACACUUUAAAAUAUCACAGCCAUUGCACACGUCACAAGAUGGCGGCAUUCUUGUAAAUGAAUUCAUGCAGAGUUCAAAUGAAAAUAUCUACGUUGCUGGGGAUUUAUGCACUGCAAAUUGGCAAUACGCACCGCAAUGGUUCCCCAUGAAAUUAUGGACGCAAGCGCGACAAAUGGGUUGUUAUGCUGCGCGCGCAAUGUCCUCAAAACACUUAAACGAAGAAAUCUACCAAGACUUUUGUUUCGAGGUAUUCACACACACCACACGACUAUUCGGCUUUAAAGUAGUCCUAUUAGGUCUACACAAUGCGCAGAAACUCGGAAAAGACUACGAAAUCUUAUUCCGCAUGACUAAAGAUGUAGAAUACAUCAAACUAGUUCUGCAAAAUGGCCGAUUACAGGGCGCUGUACUGAUUGGCGAUACCGACUUGGAGGAAAUGUGCGAGAAUCUAAUCCUCAAUCAAAUCGAUUUGUCUGCGCACAAGGACAGCCUACUGGAUCCCGACAUCGAUAUCGAAGAUUACUUUGAUUGAUUGAUAAUAUUGUACAAUGUUUAAUAAAUAACAAAAAUCAACAAA